AUGGAUGAACUCGUGCAACAACAGAUCAAGCUCGUCGAAGCGAAGAAGAGAGACGAGGUGCCAUGGAAGAUGGACAUCGCGUACGAUCAACCAUACUACAACUAUGAAGGUCAACAGUGGAAAGAGCAAACACCGGACUUAUCGUCGAACGUUUCAUCUUCACGAGACACUAUCUCGAAGCUAGCUCUCUACUCAUGGAACAUCGACUUUAUGCUGCCUUUUGCAAACUCCCGCAUGUCCGCGGCACUCGCCCAUCUCCAAAAGAUCGUCGCCGAUGCGAAAGACCACGACUCCACGGCGAAAGUGGUUUAUCUCCAAGAAUGCGUGGCUUCCGACGUCAAGCUCAUCGCCAACAAUGCGUGGAUCAGAGAAACGUUCGCAUUGUCAGAUGUGAGCACCGAUAACUGGCAGUCCGGACACUACGGCACCAUCAGCCUCAUCGAUCGCCGCUUGCCCAUCGCCUCGUGCUUCCGUGUCCACUACUCGGAAACGCGCAUGGAGCGAGAUGUCUUGAUCGUGGACGUCAAAGUGAAGGACAAGACGAUUCGCUUCUGCAACACGCAUCUCGAAUCGCUGGCUUUUGAGCCUCCGAGACGCAUUCCACAAAUGAAGUUGUGUGCAAAGUACAUGCAGGACGAGUCGGUCGACGGAGCGUUGUUGGCGGGAGACUUGAAUGCAAUCCAGGACUUUGAUCGGACGCUGCAUUCUGAUAAUGGAUUGAACGAUGCAUAUCUCGAGCUUGGUGGUGCCGAAGAUGAUGCGAGUGGCCAUACUUGGGGCCAGCAGGCGGCGACGGUCCAACGGGAAAGGUUCGGUACUAGUCGCAUGGAUAAGGUGUUCUUCCACGGAGAUGUCGGACUGCUUUCUUUUGAGCAAUUCGGCCGAGAUGUGCUGGUGGAGGAUGCUGCUGAACAAGAGCAGCUGAUACAGCUGGGCUUCGAUAAGCCAUGGAUCACCGAUCAUCUCGGUGUGAUGGCGACUUUCGCCGUUGCCGAUAGUCCGCCUCAUGGCCAAUUGUAG